GGGCGGCCGUGGGGGGCGGCCGUGGAGGGCGGCUGGGCUUCCUGCGGGGUCUGUCCCUGUUUGGCGGCCGCCUCGGCCCCUCCGCGUUGCGCCUCGCGGCCCAGCUGCACCUUCGCGCGGCGGACGGCCUGGCCGGGGCUUCGGCUCCGAACCUCCGGCGUCCGCUGUGCUCGGCCCCGUAGUGCCGCCGCCGUGCGCCGCCUCCCGGCGCGGGCCUCCGUGGUGGGGGUCGUCCUGGGCCUCGGUUCGUGAAGGCUCAGCGGGGCCGAGCGGUCUUGUCUCCGUCCGUUUUGCCGUGUCCGUAGCACCUUAAGGCUAAGUAAGCGUCCGAGAUGUUUGAAACAAUUUGAAACAAAACGCUGUAAAGCGCCUUGUGUCCUGUUGGCAAGAUGGGAUUCCGUUCUAAAUUGUACUGGGUGGCACCCGUUCGUUCCUUCUCUGCUUGAAUCGGAUACUCCGUAAAUCGGAAGGAAUAAAGUGUCUAUUUGCUGUGUGGAGAAUGGACGGAAAAGAGAAGGAAGUGGGUGUUCGUGCAGGAAGCUGUUGCAGAAGCCCCGAGUUGCAGUUUUCCUUCAGCAAACCUCCUUUUUGGUACUUCGUGGCAGAGUGUUUUCAAACCCAUGCCUGGGACCAAUCAGGACACUGAGUGACUCAGGUGUCUGGGUGGAGGCCUAAGCUGGGAGAACGAAGGCGCUCCUGGAAGGAACCUGCAGAGGACAGCAGCAUGGACGGGAAGGCCCAGGACAGCAGCAGAGGCCUUCCCCGCAGAGCGGUGCCCCCAGCCGUGGGGCUGCUGCUCUCCAUGGCUCUCAUGAAUGCUCUCCUUUACCUCUGCCUUGACUGGUUUUUCAUCGCCCCUCCCCACUCCACUCCGGGCUCCACCCACUGUCCCCACGGACAUUUCAGAAUGGGACAGAUGAAAAACUGUUCACCAUGGCUGUCCUGCGAGGAGCUGAGGACAGAAGUGAGGCAGCUGAAGCGUGUCGGGGAAGGAGCCGUGAAGAGAGUCUUUCUGUCUGAGUGGAAGGAGCGCAAAGUGGCGCUCUCACGGCUCUCCUGGCUGGAGAUGAAAGAGGAUUUCCUGCAUGGGCUGGAGAUGCUGAAAGGUCUGCAGAGUAAACACGUGGUCACCCUGCUCGGCUUCUGUGAGGACGACAACACUAUCCUUACCGAAUAUCACCCCUUGGGCUCCUUGAGCAAUCUGGAAGCAACGCUGAACCUUUCCAAGUACCAGAACGUGAACACGUGGCAGCGCAGGCUGCAGCUGGCCGUGGACUACGUCAGCAUCAUCAACUAUUUGCACCACAGCCCCCUGGGCACACGCGUCAUGUGCGACUCCAACGACCUGCCCAAGACGCUGUCACAGUAUCUGCUGACCAGUAACUUCAGCCUCGUGGUGAACGACCUGGACGCCUUGCCCCUGGUGAACCACAGCUCCGGGACGUUGGUGAAGUGUGGCCACCGGGAGCUGCAUGGGGACUUCGUGGCUCCAGAGCAGCUGUGGCCCUAUGGGGAAGACACACCUUUUGACGAUGACCUCAUGCCCUCCUAUGACGAGAAGAUCGACAUCUGGAAGAUUCCAGACGUCUCUAGCUUCCUUUUGGGGCAUGUUGAAGGGAGCGAUAUGGUCCGGUUUCAUUUGUUUGAUAUUCAUAAAGCCUGUAAGAGCCAGACGCCUGCGGAACGACCAACAGCUCAGGAUAUUCUAGACACUUACAAGAAGGUUUUGAAUUUACUCAGAGAUACCAUGGUGUCCCAGACAAGAGAAAUGCUCUAGAAACCCGUCCUAUCAGUGAAGGAUGGG